AUGUCAGCUCAAGCCUUUUCAAAAGACUCAUAAAAUCCAUAUAAGACAGGAGUAUUAGUGGGAAAUCACAUUGAAGAUCGUUUUGGAAGAGAAUUAUCCUCCAAGCCUAAAAACUAUCAGCCAAUCACAACUGAGUAACGUUCUAAAUUCCAUCUUGGAAACACCUUGCUCGCUUAUGAAUUCCCACCCAAGUCUCUUGAUGAUAUCUUGGCUGAAAAGGAAAAGAAAGAGUAUGAGGAUCACAUGAAGGAGAUUCAAAGAGGAACUAAGACUCAUUUGUUCUUCGGUCAUGGAGCCACCUAGGAUGACUUUGUGAAGAGAGAUUUCGGUACAUCUAAUAACUUAUUCUAUGAUAAGAGAAUGAAAACUGAGGAACUCAUUAACCCUCAUUACUAUCACAAUGAGCCACCUAAAGCUGACGCUUCAUAAACAGUUGCAAGCAAUAGUCAAAACUCUGAUCCGUUGAGCAAUCUAGGCUCAUCAUACUCAGGCGGAUUUGGAAAAACUGUGCCCAAGGCUUAUAGUGAAUUCACUAAGAAGUUUGAUAACAAUUAUCAGAAGAUGGGACUUAGAAGAUGA